AGCCGCCACGCACACUGCAGCCCCCGCAGCAGGCCCUAAAUCAAAUUCAUUCAGAAAACGUGCCAUAAACCGGACUGCCAGACGUCGCUAAAUGUCAAAGUCAUAAAGAGAGCGAUAGAAAGACAAACAAAGAGAGAGAGAAAGUAAGCAAAAGAGUAGAAGCGCUAGCUAGCGUGUGAGAGCGCCUAAAAGCACACCGUAAAGUUUGGACCUCAGUACAAAAGCUCAGCUUUGCUUCUGCUUAGCCAAGACACAAACCUCAACAUGGCAAAUGUUACAACUGCAGGAACAACAACAUCAACAACGCAUCACGAUGAUACGAGCAGCAUGAGUGACGAUGUAUUCGAGGAUGCGGAAACGACCAAAGCACGCAUCGAGGAGCUGCGCCGCCGCCCCUUUGGCGAUGGUUGCUACAAUCCGGUCGCAGCACCCGUUUCACAGCAUCAUCACCAUCACCAUCACCAUCCCAAUACUAAUCACAACAACAGCAGCAGCCAACAGAGCCUAACGAGCAGCCAUCACUAUCAUGACCAUGAUGCCAUCAUGGCUCCCGUACAGCGGUCCGCCACCGGCUAUCCGGGUUAUCGCCCAUCCCGCGAAGCAAUGCAGAUGUAUGCCUAUGGCAAUGCGGAGUACGAGCUAGAGGAUGAUUACGAUGAUGGUUGGCGCUCGUAUCGCUAUGAUGAGGUGGACAUGCAUCAGUCAGCGCCACCUGCCCAUCUGCAACCCUUCGACGACACCAUCAAUCACAAGACGAUCCUCCUGGGUGACUCUGGUGUCGGCAAAACCUCCUUUCUGGUCAAAUACAAUACGGGCGAAUUUCGUUUGGGUUCCUUCUCGGCCACCGUUGGCAUUGCACUAACGAACAAGGUGGUCGUUGUCGAUGGCACGCGCGUUAAGCUACAGAUCUGGGACACCGCCGGGCAGGAACGCUUUCGCAGCGUAACCCACGCUUAUUAUCGCGAUGCUCAUGCGCUGCUGCUGCUGUACGAUGUGACCAAUAAGACCACCUACGACAACAUACGCGCCUGGCUGGGCGAAAUACGUGAGUACGCGCAGGAGGACGUUGUCAUCGUUUUAAUAGGCAACAAGGCCGAUUGCAGCAGCAGCGAGCGCCAGGUGAAGCGAGAGGAUGGCGAACGACUUGGACGUGAGCACGAUGUACCAUUCAUGGAGACGUCCGCCAAGACCGGGCUCAACGUGGAGCUGGCAUUCACAGCGGUGGCCAGACAGCUGAAGAGCCGCGGCUACGAGCAUGGCGAUGAUGGAAAAUUCAAUGUGCAUGAUUUUGUGCGUGACAAUACAAAGGCUCGGUCUGUUUGUGCUCAAUGCAGGAACAUGUAAAUUGUUUCUGUUCCAGCACAAUGAAAACUUUGCACAAAACCAACAAAAAAGAGCUCACAAAACAAAGCGCAAAUUUGUACAAAAUGAAA